AUGGCGGAACCUGCCGGGCUGAACAUAACGUCGUCCCGCCAGCUGUGUCCUGACAUCCAACUGUCCUACCCCAACGUCGUGCAAGACUGCUACGCCUCGAGAAGCACGACCGGCUAUUCCGUCUAUGUCAUUCCCUUCAACACCAGCUGCGACAGCUUCCUGCUGCUUCCCGCGGAGCAGCUAUGGAGUCCGGCGGUGCGGUCGGCGUGGUACCUGUUCGGCAUGCUGUACUGCUUCGUGGGGCUCGCCGCCAUCGUGCGCGUCUUCAUGGCGGCCCUCGACCGCAUCUCCAGCACGUACGCCAUGGUGAGUCGGCGCGACCCUGAGACGGGCAGGGAGGAGCGGCGGAUGGAGAAGGUGUGGAACAGCACGGUGGUGAACAUCGCUCUCAUGGCUCUCGGCACCUCCGCGCCUGAAAUCGUCAUCGCUGUUGUUGACGCCCUCAAACACCUCAACCGGGGGCCUGGCGUGCUGGGUGCGGGCACGGUGCUGGGGUCAGCAGCGUUCAACCUCAUGGUCAUCUCAGCCGUCUGUGUGGUCACGCCGCCCGCCCACUCCAUCAAGCGCAUCCAGGCCGUCGGUGUCUUCCUCCUUGAGCUCGCAGCCAGCACGUGGGCAUAUGUCUGGAUCUUGCUCGUGCUCAAGGUCUUCUCCCCCGGCCGUGUCACCAUAGUGGAGGCAUGCAUCACGCUGCUCUUCUUCCCCCUCUUCAUCCUCCUCGCCUACGCACAAGACCAGCACUGGCAGCACUGGCAGCACUGGCAGCACUGGGGCCCCUUCCUGCCCCGCCCCACCCCCCAUGCGCCCCGUCGUGGCUCCCUCACUCGCUUCAAGAACUACGGCAGCAGGGAGGCGCUCAUAGGUCCCUCUGUUGCUCAGGGCGGCAGUAAGAAUGCUGCUGCUGGUGGCGGGAAUAUGUCGGGAGUUGGUGCGUGGUGGCGAGCCCUGUGGGGGGCCCAUGAAAGCAAACCAGUGGAUGCGGCAGGAGGGAGAGGAGGGGAGGGGGUGGGGAAGAGCAGCACUGAUGGUUCGGGAGCAAUGGAGGGAGGGCAGGGAGAGGUGGAAAUGCAGAGAGGGGCUCACGCAGCAAGCACGAGCAUUGCGGUGGGGGACGCAGAGGAGGGGCCAGGGGAGCAGCGGGCGGAGGAGGGAGAUGGGCAGAGGUUGCAUGGGAGCGCGGAUUUAAGUGACUGGGAGGUCGUGGGGCGGAUGGAGCCUGAACAGCAGCAGCAGCAGCAGCAGCAGCAGCAACAGGAGGAAGCGUCAAAUAACAUUUCUAUGGAGCCAGCAGCAGCUGAGGAAGGGAGAGUUGAAUCAGGCUUCGGGUCCGUCUCCCUCAAUGUACCGCCAGCAGUGUCAGCAGUGCCAGCAGUGCCCGCUGUGCCCCAGAGGGCCAGCAGUAGCAACCUUCGCCGCCGGUCAGGUGCUGGAAUGUCCACUGCUGCUGCCAUGCAGCAUGACUCACCCAAUCCCUCUCUCUCACGCCGUCUGGGGCAGCACCUGUGGCUGCGCUCGCAACUCCCUGGCCUCGCCCAUUCGCCAGCUCCUGCCGUCCGCCAGACGCCCCUUGCCUCGCCAGCCCCGCUCGUUCUCAGCCCACCACAGCAGCAGCAGGAGGAGGAGCAGCGGACGGAAGAGGAGAAGGCGGAGGGGCAUGCGAGGGAAGGAGGGGCAGCUGGCGAUGGGAGAGUCGGAUUGCACGCAGACGACGGGCAUGCUGUGGAUCUGUUACAAGAGCGGUGGACGUUGCUGGUGCAAACAGGAGAGAGGGAGGUGUGCCGGCUUGAGAACACUCCGGCAAGCACCAACGGAGCCAGCAGCAGUGCCCCAAGCUGCAUCACUUCUCCGGUCCAUGCCCUCAGCUUCCGCGUGCCCUCUGCAGAAGCGCUCCAUCUCCAACUGGAACUGACUAUUUCUCACUGGCCUCACAUCUUUAGCAACAGCAGCUGCACGCAUGCACGACAGGCAUCCACGUCACACCCAGAUGCCACGACGCCACCCCUGCAGCCCAGCUCAGCAGCAUCCGCUGAUGCUGGCAACGCAUCUGUGACCCUCACGGAUCACUCGUUACAAUCACAGUCACCUUGGUUUGUGGCAGUUGCUUCACUGGUACCCCCUUCAACACAGUCACACUCUGCAUACACGUCUUUCUUGCUGCUUGAGAACGCAAGUGGGGCAGGGAGGAGACGGGGUUGUGGGGAGGAAGGGUGCCAUGUGGAAGGAAACGUGAAGGCAGAGCUACACGUGGCGGUGCGAGUGGAAGCAGGGGAGGGAGACAAGGUGGCGGAUGUGACAGUUACUGUGCUGGGUCUGCGCCUUGCACUGGAGAAACAGCGUGGACAAGGGGGGCUGGGUGGGCUCAGCAUAUGGAGAGAGCCGACCUCAUCUGCCCUAUCAAGCAAUCCGGGAUUGGGGGAGGUUUGGCUGCAGCAGAUCGAAAAGGCAAUUUCGGUCCCACUGUCGGGUCACCAGAGGGACGUGUCACUGCUGGGCCUUGGAGUCCACUUCAUCUCUUUCUACUGGAAGCUCCUCUUCUCACUCAUCCCUCCACCCUCCCUUAUGCGUGGCUGGCCAGCCUUCAUCCUCUGUCUCUGCUUCAUGGCUGGCAUUUCUUUCCUAAUUGAGGAGUUCGCGAGGCUCUUUGCGUGCACAUCAGGCCUGCACCUCUUCUCAGUUGCCAUUGUCUUCGUGGCUAGUGUAAGCUCUUCUGA